UUCCUUUGUUUUCCCCAGAUACCUUUUGUACGAUGUAAAUCCCCCUGAAGGGUUCAACCUUCGCAGAGACGUCUACGUUCGCAUUGCUUCCCUUGUAAAGACCCUGCGGAAAAGUGAAAACUGGGUGUUAGUCCUGCCUCCUUGGGGGAGGCUUUAUCACUGGCAGAGCCCCGAUAUCCUUCAGGUCCGGAUCCCUUGGUCUGAGUUCUUUGAUAUCCCAAGCCUCAACAGGAACAUCCCUGUCAUUGAAUAUGAGCAGUUCCUUGCAGAGUCAGGUGGGCCCUUUAUUGAACAGAUUUAUGUGCUACAAGGCUAUGCAGAGGGAUGGAAAGAAGGAACAUGGGAAGAAAAAAUCAAUGAAAGGCCAUGCAUUGAUCAGCUGAUGUAUUCCAAGGACAAACAUGAGUACUACAGGGGCUGGUUCUGGGGUUACGAGGAAACACGAGGCCUAACCGUCUCUUGUUUGUCUGUCCAAGGAUCUGCUUCCAUUGUGGCGCCCAUCCUUCUGAAGAACACUUCAGCGCAGUCAGUGAUGUUAGACAGAGCUGAAAACCUUCUUCAUGACCACUACGGAGGGAAAGAUUACUGGAAUACCCGUCGGAGCAUGGUGUUUGCUAAACACCUCCGGGUGGUGGGAGACGAGUUUAGAAGGAAGUAUCUUCAAUCCACGGAUGAGGCAGACAGGACUCAUUACAAGGAGGACUGGACACAGAUGAAGGUUAAGACGGGCACAGCUCUAGGUGGUCCAUACCUUGGGGUUCAUCUCAGAAGGAAAGACUUCAUUUGGGGUCACAGAGAAGAUGUGCCUUCCCUGCAAGGAGCAGUAAAGAAAAUCCGCAGCCUCUUGGAGAUGCUUAAACUUGAAAAAGUUUUUGUAGCCACUGAUGCUGUCGAGGAGGAGAUUGAAUUGCUCAGGAAACUGCUGCCUGAGAUGGUGAGGUUUGAACCCUCUUGGGAGGAGCUGGAACUCUAUAAGGAUGGGGGCUUGGCCGUGAUUGACCAGUGGAUUUGUGCACAUGCAAGGUAUUUUAUAGGCACCUCAGUUUCAACAUUUUCCUUCCGAAUCCAUGAGGAAAGAGAGAUCUUGGGAUUUGACCCAAAAACAACUUACAACCGAUUUUGUGGUGAAACAGAGAAAAACUGUGAGCAGCCAACUCACUGGAAAAUUGUCUAUUAAAUACAGAGAAAUACAAGGGCUUCAGUAAUCGUAGAAUCAUAGAAUCAGCUGGGUUGGAAUGGACCUCCGAGAUCAUCAACUCCAACCCUUGAUCCACUACUGGAGCAUUUCUUACCUGUCCAUGGUUCCCUGUGAGGGUCCACAGUCAUUUUUAGAUAGAAGAGCUCUCUGAAACAAUAUGAUUUUCAAUAAUAUAUAGUCUUUAAGUUAAAUUUUACAAGUAAUUUUUUUUAAUACUGAUUAUAAAUUGAUAAUUGAUACCUGUAUGUAAAAUGGAAAGCUGUCAAGAGGGAACAUUCCUGUGCCUAAGGCACUGUGCACCGAAUUUGGCUUUGACUUUGUGCAUCUUUGACCCCAUGCCAUGAUUACUGUAGUUUAGAUAGGAAACAUUGCGUGUGUAUGUAUUAAAAAAAAUACACACUGGAGAUGUACAUUGAAAAUAAAUUAUUUUGGUAGUCAGAACCAGCUAAAAAUUACCUUAAACUAGAGGUGUGUGUAAAAGGAUUGGUGCACAUUUGUCCACAGCAGUGGACAUUUUCUCAAAAUGCUUUGUCAGGGUAUGUGACCUCAGUGGUCAGAUUAUUUGGGAAUAAGUGUGUGAGAGUCUGUUUGUUUGCUUUGGUUUAGAAUCUCAUGUGUUUACCCUGAAGAUGCAAAGCCAAAUCAUGGCUGCAAACAGAGCCUUGUCCCUGCCUGUGAGCAGGCUGGGGAUAAUGGCAUGUGCCAGCCAACAGCAGCCCUGGGAAUGGUGACCCACAGAGCCCACUUCAGUGCAAGCUGGCCAUUUGCAGAGUCUGGAACUGAAAUUCAGAGCCCAACUUUUUUAUGAGGCUGUGGUAGAGAUUAGAUAGAGGACAGAGAAAAAAAAAGUCGAUUCAAACACACUACUGCAUCUGCAGGCUGGUGCUUCUGAUAACACACCAGACUUGGCUCUUCCAUAACC